AGGAUAGACGGUUAUGGAACUGGAAGUUGUGACAAAAUGGAAAAAUAGCUCUUCAGCUGAUUGGACCUUGAUGUGGAAUCAAUGUUAUAGCUCGACAAAUUACAGAAAGCAGAAGAACAAAGACUUAACGGGGCUGUUAAUGACGUCAGAAAUGUGGCUUGUUCGUUAGAAAUAAUGUGUAAUAUCGGGGAACUCUCAUGAGGUAAAACCGCCAUCGACCAUGGAAAUAUUGAGAUCCGAGUAAAAAGCAAUCAGAAAACCAUCAGUCCUAGUGAUUUGUGCAUGUCGGAAGGUAGGACCGUGUUCGCUGUGUAUGGACGGCAGUUCUUCCUUUCACUCUUCUCGGAUUUGCGGGUGUCGGAUGAAGGCUUGCUCUCCCACCCUCAUAACCCGGAUCGAGCUCACACACAGAGAGCGAGCAGAGCGCAGCGCAUCACGUGACUCCGCAUCUCUCCUGAUUGGUCGGCUGCCAGGACACGUGACAGCUGGAAACGUCGCUUGUAUCACGCAGUUAGCGUGGAGCUCACCAUGUGAGUCAUGUGGCGCGUGCACGUGACCUCAUCACGUGAUUCUACACAGCGAUACUAAAGCGCGUUGGAUAGGCGCCGAGGCAUAGUAAAGUUCUUUCUAUACAAGUGAAUUUCUCAAAGGUGUUGUACCGUUUGUCGAUUGUUUUUCCGACCUAUUGUUUAACUCUUGACAAAAUGAUGAACUUGUCAAAUGGUAUUGCCCAUCACGGGUACUCCACAGCCAGCCUUACCACCCUUGGUAACUUGAACACAGUGAUCCAAACAUUGCCCCACCAAGUUCCGUCUCCUUCCUCCACCAUGCCAACCUCUACUACCACUCAUCUGCCAUCCGGAUCAUCCUCUCUCAAAGAGAAGACUGAGAGGAUAAAACGACCGAUGAAUGCUUUCAUGGUUUGGUCCAGAGGACAGAGAAGGAAGAUGGCUCAGGAAAACCCCAAGAUGCACAACUCAGAGAUCAGCAAGCGACUUGGCAUGGACUGGAAAAUGCUGACGGAAGACGAGAAAAAACCUUUCAUCGAAGAAGCAAAGAGACUGCGUGCCUUGCACAUGAAAGAAUUCCCAGACUACAAAUACAGACCUCGCAGGAAAGCUAAGGCCACCCUGAAGAAGGACAGAUUCGGAGUUCCUUGUCCCGUCGGGACAGACAGUAGGUUACUGAUGGACCGAUCCUCCCUGAUGAUGCAGAACACUCUCCCCACAAACACUGGCUACAUCCCUACCUCAACCUACAAAGCCAUGAUGGAAGCUUACCAGAGCCAAGCAGCGUUACAGCGAAGUGCAGGACCCACCGUCCAGUACGCAACAUCAGACAUCGGUAGCAGAUAUCCAGAGUUCGUAACCAAUCCCUACCAUGGGUACAUGAGCCCUGCAACGUGCACCAGCCCCUACAGCCAGCAACUCCCCUCUCCCAUGUACAGGACCGCUCAACACAGCGGUGUGAAGACAGAAGCUCACGUCAAAACAGAACAGACCAUUUCCUCUCCUACUAUCGGCGGCUCCUCGGACAAGUGCCCGCGGGACCUGACAGACAUGAUCAACAUGUACCUGACGGCUCAAGAUCCGACCCACUACGGCAUGAUGCACCCCGACUCAACCCUGAUGAACGGCGGCGCGAUGCAGCCUCUCACUCACUUGUAGAGACUGCUGAUCUCAGACUGCAGUUUGUAGAUUUUUACUGUAUAUAUUGUUGAGAUGCAGCGACCUUCCCGGCACGUUCUCCAGAGAGAAAGCGAGAGAGAGAGAGAGAGAGACUGGUAAUUUUGUGUGUGAGCGAGCUUUUGUGUGUUAGUGUCACGUGCCGAGAUUUCAGAACUGAUCUUACGAAUAUUUAUUGAUGAUUUUUUUGUAAUUUGUGUUGCGAAAUGUUAUUUAUUAUUUAUUUCUUGAAUUGAUAUUUUGAAGAUUUCACGCUCUGGAUGGUGCGUGAUAAACAAAUUUUGCCAUAUAAGGUUAUGUUACCAUGGUAAUUGGUAACACUGCCACAUAAGGUAACAAAUUUUAUCUAGGUAUCAGUUAUUUUAGCCUAUCUCAGAAAAAUUGACUCACUGAAACCAGUAACUAUUUUAACUGAUCGAAUCUUUUAACCUAAAAUAUUUUAACCUUUAAAGUCGAUUUUUCUGAGUGUGUAUUAAACCUUUGGGGAUUAGAUCUUACUUUUCCAGUAUAUAUAUUUUAGACUUGUUUUGUGCACCUUACAAUUGCAUGAUCUCUGUUGUUGGUAACGGUCCUGUUAUCAAGCAACUGUCUUGGAUUCAACUGCCUUACCUACUGAUUAGUUUUCAUGAUGACGUGGAAAUUACCACCAAUCUCGAUUACUAUUCAGUAACAAUCUGUUGAACCACCAAAGUGUGAAUAAUGCUUUUUCAGAAUUUUCGAUAUAUAUGCUUACUUACGUUUAGAUAUUUGUUUACUGAAAUUCGGAAGAAAACAAUAAAUUGAACAUGUCUAUAUUAUUGGAAUUUCGGGAUGAUGUUAUUUCUAAUAUCUAAAGCUUGGCUUCAUGUGCUCGCAAGUCCCCAUUUAUAUUUUCAAUCAUAACUUUUAAUUGAGUUUUCAAAAAAUCAUGAUAUGUUCAGAACCAUUAGCGGGCCCGUGUUGCAUUAGAUGUGUGAAGAGAGUUGCGUGGUGAUUUUCCAGCGGGCUUGGAACUCGAGAGCACCCUUGGGGUACCGUUUGCAUUGUCACGUGAUCCAUUCUCUCCUCUGUAUUGCACGUGCGAGAAUAUAUUUGAGAUAUGAUACAUUGAACUUGUUUAUA